AGACUCUUCUGACACUUGACAUCUCUUCCUCUGCCCACCAUGGAGUUCCUGGGAUUGCCCACAAUCCUCUUGCUGGUCUGUAUCUCAUGCUUUCUCAUUGCUGCAUGGAGAAGUACAUCGCGAAGAGGGAAGGAGCCUCCUGGUCCCACACCAAUCCCCAUCAUUGGAAAUGUUUUUCAGCUGAACCCAUGGGACUUGAUGGAAAGCUUUAAGGAGCUCAGCAAAAAGUACGGUCCUAUCUUCACAAUACAUUUAGGCCCCAAAAAGGUGGUGGUGCUGUAUGGCUACGACGUUGUGAAAGAAGCCCUAAUUGAUAACGGAGAAGCCUUCAGUGGGAGAGGCAAUCUGCCACUUUUUGAGAAAGUCUUCAAAAGCACAGGCAUUGUGACCAGCAAUGGGGAGAGCUGGAGGCAAAUGCGACGAUUUGCCCUCACCACCCUGCGUGAUUUUGGAAUGGGGAAGAAGGGCAUUGAGGAGCGAAUCCAGGAGGAAGCUCGUUUUCUGGUGGAGAGGAUCAGAAACACACACGAGAAACCUUUCAAUCCUACUGUGUUUUUAACGCAUGCUGUUUCCAACAUAAUCUGUUCCACUGUAUUUGGGGAUCGGUUUGACUACGAGGACAAGAAAUUUCUGGAUUUAAUUGAGAUGCUGGACGAAAACGAAAGGUACCAGAACAGAAUACAAACACAGCUCUACAAUUUCUUCCCAACCAUCCUGGAUUAUUUGCCUGGCCCUCAUAAAACACUAAUAAAAAGCAUUGAAACCGUUGAUGACUUCAUUACUGAAAUCAUAAGAGCACACCAGGAAUCCUUCGAUCCCAGCUGCCCUCGAGAUUUUAUUGAUGCUUUCAUUAACAAAAUGCAACAGGAGAAAGAGAACUCUUAUUUCACUGUUGAGUCCUUGACCAGAACCACACUUGACUUGUUCCUUGCGGGAACGGGGACAACCAGCACCACACUGAGAUAUGGACUUCUGAUUCUCCUGAAACACCCAGAGAUUGAAGAGAAAAUGCACAAGGAGAUUGACCGUGUGGUUGGCCGAGACCGAAGCCCCUGCAUGGCAGACAGGAGCCAGUUGCCAUACACGGAUGCCGUCAUCCACGAAAUCCAAAGGUUCAUUGAUUUCCUUCCAGUUAACCUACCACGUGCUGUGAUCAAGGACACCAAGCUCAGAGACUAUUUUAUCCCCAAGGACACCAUGAUAUUCCCUUUGCUGUCUCCCAUCCUGCAAGACUGCAAGGAAUUUCCAAACCCAGAAAAAUUUGACCCAGGACACUUCCUGAAUGCAAACGGCACCUUCAGAAAGAGCAAUUACUUCAUGCCAUUCUCUGCAGGAAAACGCAUCUGUGCAGGAGAAGGGCUGGCCCGGAUGGAGCUAUUCCUGUUCUUAACAUCCAUCCUGCAGAACUUUUCUCUGAAGCCUGUUGAAGAUCACAAGGACAUUGACAUUUCUCCAAUAGUCACCUCGGCAGCAAAUAUACCCCGACCUUAUGAGGUCUCAUUUAUUCCACGUUAGACAAGUGAAGACAGCUGCCACCUCCCAAAUUCAUGAGAACUCUUCUUGAAUGAUAGUCAAUGCCCAGCCUGAUGACACUGAGACACUCAGAUAAUUUCCUAGAUUCUUUAGGGACAGAAAAGGUAUGCUUUUAAAGAAAAGUCAUUGUAUGCUACUCUUAUAAUCAGCACAGCCAGCUCUAAACAGAAUCCAAGUGGGCGACUGCACAAGGAAAGUGAUAGUUCCUUAGGGAGAAUGAUAGAGGCUUUUUGCACUUACGUUACCAGCUAAGGUUCCUGUCUGGUUCCCGAUGUUCCAGGGUGCGUGGGCUCUGAGAACUCUUCUGCUGCCACUGCUGCUGCUGUCCCCAUCACUGGAUCCUCUCAGCACAGUAGGAAAAGAAGCUUGCUCUGUAGGGUUUUCAUAGAGACUACUUCAAGCACAUCUCUCUCUGUGUUUUCAGUUUGUUUGUGAAGGAAACCAUAAAGCAACACAGAACCACUUCACUCCAUCAGAACAUGACUAUCUACAAUAUUCUUGUCUCAGUACAUAUCACCAUCCAUUGUGUGGAAUGACUUGAUGCAAUGGCUGGGCAAAUGGGUCCUCUCUUCUGUAAUUGUAAUGAAGGGCUGUGAAAAUAAAGUUUACACUGCAAUUUUAAGAAGAA